UUUACUGCUCUCAUAUUUUAAAGUUAUUAACAAUAUGUCUGAACAUGGCGGCGUCCAUAGUUGCGAAGAAUCACCAAGUUGCGAAUGCCACAUUCAAGUCUCUAACCCUUCAGUGCAUCAAACCCUAGACGAAUUAGACUUUGAAAAGGGGAUAUGGACAUCUGCUCUAACUGGAGAUAACUUAGAUGUUGAACAGAAAUUAGCUUUGAGCGGCGGAUUAGUAGUUAACAAAGCUGACAAGUCGGGCUUUACCGCUUUGCACUAUGCCUGCAGAAAUGGGCACAUCCAAGUAUGUCAGACAUUGCUUGACCAUCAUGCUGAUGUGAAUGUCGCCACCAAAUCCAGCAGAGCCACCCCACUGCACAGAGCUGCAUAUAUGGGCCAUGCAAAGAUUGUGAGUUUACUCUUGCAACAUGGGGCAGAUCCUUUGGCAGUUGAUUGUGAUGGAAUGACACCGUUACACAAGGCUGCAGAAAAUGGACACAUUGAUACUGUAGACAUCCUAAUGAGCAGUGAACCCAAAGCUUCCAGUAUAACAGAUUUCAAGGGCAGAAAACCUAUUGAUGUUGUAAAGAAUGAGGAAGCAAGAUGUAAAUUACAACCAUGUGAUUAAAUCGCCAAUGUUUUCUUUUAUCCAUAGAGAAGGAUAAAAUUAUCUAUAAAUAAGUGUAGUAAUUCCAUACAGUAUUACCUCUGGAGCUACAAAACAUACAUGGAUGAAUGUGGUUAGAAGUGUGAAUUAACCUGUUGAGUAUUCCAUAUAGUGUAAGUUUUGCUCAAUGUUACAACAAAAGAUUUACAAACCAUGGUUUAACUACAAAACUAAACUGAUCUCAUAUUCUAUUUGCAUCAAAGUUGAGAAAUCUAAACCAAACUGAUUUCAAUUUCAUGAAAACUGUAAACUUAACCAAAGUUAUUGAUUUUAUGAUUGCAUUUAGUAAAAUUAAUGCUUGUUUAUAAAUGUCAAGAUCUCAAAAACAGUUGCUCUCUGGACUUAAUUAUUAAAUUACUUCUUUACACAAAAACAUCUGUAAAGAAAAGAAAACAAUAUUGAAA